AUGAAAGCCCAUAAACUCCUCUCUCUGGGAUGCAUCUUCUUGCUCCUGCUCUAUUUUCAUGAGACCUGGGCUCAAUUCCCAAGACAGUGUGCCACUGUUGAGGCCUUGAGAAAUGGUGUGUGUUGCCCAGACCUAUCCCCACUGUCUGGGCCUGGGACUGACCGCUGUGGCUCCUCAUCGGGACGGGGCAGGUGUGAGGCAGUGACGGCAGACUCCCGGCCCCACAGUCACCAUUACCCCCAUGAUGGCAGAGAUGAUCGGGAGGCUUGGCCCACACGGUUCUUCAACAGGACAUGCGUCUGCAAUGGCAAUUUCUCAGGACACAACUGUGGGACUUGCCGUCCUGGAUGGAGAGGAGCUGCCUGUGACCAGAGGGCUCUCACAGUCAGGAGAAACCUUCUGGACUUAAGUGCCGAGGAGAAGAACCACUUCGUGCAGGCCUUAGAUAUGGCGAAGCGCACAAUUCACCCUCAAUUUGUCAUUGCGUCCAGGAGAUCAGAAGAAAUACUGGGGCCCGAUGGCAGCACGCCACAAUUUGAGAACAUUUCCAUUUAUAACUACUUUGUUUGGACACACUAUUACUCAGUCAAAAAGACUUUCCUUGGGCCAGGACAGGAAAGUUUUGGUGACGUGGAUUUCUCUCACGAAGGACCAGCUUUUCUCACGUGGCACAGGUAUCACCUCCUGCAGCUGGAGAGAGACAUGCAGGAAAUGUUGCAUGAUCCUUCGUUCUCCCUUCCUUACUGGAAUUUUGCAACUGGGAAGAACAUCUGUGACAUUUGCACCGAUGACCUGAUGGGAUCAAGGAGCAACUUUGAUCCCACUCUUAUCAGCCUGAAUUCUGUCUUUUCUCAAUGGCGAGUUGUCUGCGAAUCCUUGGAGGAUUAUGAUACCCUGGGAACCCUUUGUAAUAGUACCGAGGGUGGGCCAAUUAGGAGAAAUCCAGCUGGGAAUGUGGCGAGACCAAUGGUGCAACGUCUUCCUGAACCACAGGAUGUCGCUCAGUGCUUGGAAGUUGGUUUAUUCGACACCCCUCCUUUUUAUUCCAAUUCUACAAACAGUUUCCGAAACACAGUGGAAGGUUACAGCGAUCCCACAGGAAAGUAUGACCCUGCUAUUCGAAGCCUUCACAAUCUGGCUCACCUAUUUCUGAAUGGAACAGGGGGACAAACUCAUUUAUCUCCAAAUGAUCCUAUAUUUGUCCUCCUACAUACUUUCACUGAUGCAGUCUUUGAUGAAUGGCUGAGGAGAUAUAAUGCUGAUGUAACCACAUUUCCAUUGGAAAAUGCCCCUAUUGGGCAUAAUAGACAAUACAAUAUGGUGCCAUUCUGGCCUCCAGUUACCAACAUAGAAAUGUUUGUUACUGCUCCAGACAAUCUGGGAUAUACUUAUGAAGUUCAAUGGCCAAGUCGGAAUCUUAGUAUUACUGAGAUUGUUACCAUAGCAGUAGUUGCCACUUUAUUAUUGGUUGCAGUCAUUUUUGCGGCUGCUUCUUGCCUGAUUCGUGCCAGAAGCAACAUGGAUGAAGCAAAUCAGCCUCUUCUCACUGAUCAGUAUCAACACUAUGAUGAAGACUAUGAAAAAAUGCAGAAUCCGAAUCAGUCUAUGGUCUGA